AUUAUUGUGAAUUGUUUGAGGAAGUAACAAUAGAUAAGGAUGAAGAGAAAAUGGCAACUGAAAAGGGAUUGGACAUCGGCAAUAUCGAUAUUCAAGAUGAUGAUGAGGAAAGUGAUAAUAGAAACGUCAAUGACAAAAAAGAGGAAGAAUUUUCUUGUCAUGGACCUCCGGCUACAUUCAAAACUCUUCUUUAUUUUGGAUCAGGAAUUGUAAGAACAGAUUUACAUGAAAUUUUUGAUCCAAUAGAUAAUGAUUAUAUUACGAACAAAAUACAUUAUUUCCUUAUAGAUUUUUUUAAUUCUGAUCAUGAAAAAGAAGAUAUCGCAGGUGACCUGGUUGAAACUUUCGAAACUGAAUCAUCCAUGUGA